UGCGCGGCCUCGGCGGCCUCGGAGGCGGCGGCGGCGGCGGCGGCGGAGCAGCGCGGUCCCUUUAAACCGCCCGCCGGCGCCCCCGCGCCCGCCCCCGCCCCGGCCCGCGCCCGGCCCGCCGCCCGCGCCCGCGCCCCGCGCCCCGCGGCCCCGCCGCCGGCCCGGACAUGGCCGCCAACAUGUACAGGGUCGGAGACUAUGUCUACUUUGAGAACUCCUCCAGCAACCCGUACCUGAUCCGCAGGAUUGAAGAGCUCAAUAAGACAGCCAACGGGAAUGUGGAGGCCAAAGUGGUGUGUUUCUACAGAAGGCGGGACAUUUCCAGCAGCCUCAUCGCGCUGGCUGACAAGCAUGCAACCCUGUCAGUCUGCUAUAGAGCCGGACCGGGGGCGGACACCGGCGAGGAAGGGGAAGUGGAGGAGGAGGUAGAAAACCCAGAGAUGGUAGACCUGCCUGAGAAACUUAAGCACCAGCUGCGGCAUCGGGAACUGUUCCUCUCUCGGCAGUUGGAGUCUCUGCCUGCCACCCACAUCAGGGGCAAGUGCAGUGUUACCCUGCUCAAUGAGACCGAGUCACUCAAGUCCUACCUGGAGCGUGAGGAUUUCUUCUUCUACUCUCUAGUCUACGACCCACAGCAGAAGACCCUCCUGGCUGAUAAAGGCGAAAUUCGUGUAGGGAACCGGUACCAGGCUGACAUCACUGAUUUGCUGAAAGACGGUGAGGAGGACGGCCGCGAUCAGUCGAAGCUGGAGACCAAGGUGUGGGAAGCCCACAAUCCACUUGUAGAUAAGCAGAUUGACCAGUUUCUGGUGGUGGCCCGCUCUGUGGGUACCUUUGCACGGGCCCUGGAUUGCAGCAGCUCCGUGCGGCAGCCUAGCCUGCACAUGAGUGCCGCCGCAGCCUCCCGAGACAUCACCCUGUUUCAUGCCAUGGACACGCUGCACAAGAACAUCUACGACAUCUCCAAGGCCAUCUCUGCCCUUGUGCCUCAGGGUGGGCCAGUGCUCUGCAGGGAUGAGAUGGAGGAGUGGUCAGCAUCAGAAGCCAACCUUUUUGAGGAAGCUCUGGAAAAAUAUGGGAAAGAUUUCACAGACAUUCAGCAAGACUUUCUCCCAUGGAAGUCGCUCACCAGCAUCAUUGAGUAUUACUACAUGUGGAAGACCACCGACAGAUACGUCCAGCAGAAACGUUUGAAAGCAGCUGAAGCAGAGAGCAAGUUAAAGCAGGUUUAUAUUCCCAACUAUAACAAGCCAAACCCAAACCAGAUCAGCGUCAACAGUGUCAAGGCCAGUGUAGUGAAUGGCACAGGGACACCAGGCCAGAGCCCCGGGGCCGGUCGGGCCUGCGAGAGCUGUUACACCACACAGUCUUACCAGUGGUAUUCUUGGGGUCCCCCUAACAUGCAGUGUCGCCUCUGCGCAUCUUGUUGGACAUAUUGGAAGAAAUAUGGUGGCUUGAAAAUGCCAACCCGGUUAGAUGGAGAGAGGCCGGGACCAAACCGCAAUAACAUGAGUCCCCAUGGCAUCCCAGCUCGGAGCAGUGGGAGCCCCAAGUUUGCCAUGAAGACAAGGCAGGCCUUCUACCUGCAUACUACCAAGUUGACACGCAUUGCCCGGCGCUUGUGCCGUGAGAUCCUACGCCCAUGGCAUGCCGCACGCCACCCCUACAUGCCCAUCAACAGUGCAGCAAUCAAGGCUGAAUGCACAGCACGGCUGCCCGAAGCUUCCCAGAGCCCACUGGUGCUGAAGCAGGUAGUACGGAAGCCCCUGGAGGCUGUGCUCCGGUAUCUUGAGACUCAUCCCCGCCCGCCUAAGCCCGACCCUGUGAAGAGCUCAUCCAGUGUGCUCAGCAGUCUGACCCCUGCCAAGUCAGCCCCUGUCAUCAACAAUGGCUCCCCUACCAUCUUGGGCAAGAGGAGCUAUGAGCAGCACAAUGGGGUAGAUGUUGAUGGUGUUUUCUCUCCCUCUCUCUCCUGUUCCUGGGCACUGCCAGGCAACAUGAAGAAGCGCCUCUUGAUGCCCAGUAGGGGUCUGGCAAACCAUGGACAGACCAGGCACAUGGGACCAAGUCGGAAUCUCCUGCUCAAUGGGAAGUCCUACCCCACCAAAGUGCGCCUAAUCCGAGGCGGCUCCCUGCCUCCAGUCAAGCGGCGGCGGAUGAACUGGAUUGACGCCCCAGAUGAUGUAUUUUACAUGGCCACCGAGGAGACCAGGAAAAUCCGAAAGCUGCUCUCAUCUUCAGAAACCAAGCGUGCUGCCCGCCGGCCCUACAAGCCUAUUGCCCUGCGCCAGAGCCAGGCCCUGCCGCUGCGGCCACCCCCACCUGCACCAGUCAAUGAUGAGCCCAUUGUUAUUGAGGACUAGGCGGUCACCCACAGUGGCCUGCCUGGGCCCCUCCAUCAGCCCCAGAGUAUCCAGUGAGGCCUGCAGAGGCCAAGCGGCCUCCCUCCCCCACCAGACUGCUGCCCACCCCACCCUCUGUUUCCGUAGUGCCCCAACUCCCGCCCUCACAUGCAGAGAAACUGCUCCUCUGGUGGACAUGCGGGGGAAGAAGUGUGGUCUAACUUAUUCCAAGACACCGAGGAGUCUUUUUUAGCUUUGUGUUUACUUUCUGGCUGGAGCAGAGAUGAGGAGUGCCCUGGGCCGUGGGCUGCAGGGCUUCUCAGCUGGGGUGGGCUCUAAGGUUUUGUUGUGUUCUGUUGAAGGUGCCAUUUUAAAUUUUAUUUUUAUUACUUUUUUGUAGAUGAACUUGAGCUCUGUAACUUACACCUGGAAUGUUAGGAUUGGUGCAGCCAGCAGCGGCCAAGCUGCCUGGCAGGGUUGGUCCCUUGUCUUUUCAAGUAAUUUUCAUAUUAAACAAAAACAAAGAAAAAAAUCUCAUAAAAAGGAAAACCCCA